CGGGGCCGGGCGCUAACGGGGCGGGGGCUCCGGGGCCGAGCAGGGCCGUGCCGGGCCGACCGCAUCCGAGCCGUGCUGGCGGAGGGAACGGCAGCAGCAGCAUGGGGCUGGAGCUGUACCUGGACCUGCUGUCGCAGCCCUGCCGGGCGCUCUACAUCUUCGCCCGCACCAACAACAUCCCCUUCGAGUUCAAGCACGUGGAGCUGAUGAAGGGGCAGCACAGGACCGAGGAGUUCAGGAAGGUGAAUAUGCUGAUGAAAGUGCCCGCACUAAAGGACGGUUCUUUCACCUUAGCAGAGAGCAUCGCGAUCCUCCUGUACCUGGCCCGGAAAUUCAAGACUCCCGAUCACUGGUACCCCGCUGACCUGCAGAAACGGGCUAAGGUGGAUGAGUACCUGUCAUGGCAGCAUGUCAACAUUCGUGGGAAAGGGAGCAAGCUGUUCUUAACUAAGGUGCUGCUGCCUCUCCUUACGGGCCAGCCACCGUCUCCGGAGAAACUGGAAGGUGUUACUGAAGAGCUGAACAUUGUUCUGAAGCAGUUUGAGGAGAAGUUCUUGCAGGACAAGCCCUUCAUCGUGGGCAAUGAGAUCUCCCUGGCAGACCUCGUAGCGCUGGUGGAGCUCAUGCAGCCUGUCGGUGCUGGCUACAACCUCUUUGAGGAGAGGCCAAAGUUAGCGGAGUGGCGCAGUCGGGUGGAAGAAGCGGUGGGGAAGCAGCUCUGCCAGGAGGCGCACGAAGGGAUCUUGAACGCCAAGAAUUUGACCGCUGAUAAAAUUGCACCUGAACUGCUGGAGCACUUCAAGCACCAGCUCCUAAAGCAGUCUAGCUAGAAUUAGCUAAUUCCACUCAAAUUAAAAUGAAUUAUUUUGUGCAGGCUUUUUCUAAUAUUUCUGCAUUUCCUUUAAAAAUCAUAUGAAAACACCAUUCCACAAAAUGCACUUCAAUUACAGCCUUUCUGCAACUUAAAAGGGAAGAAAACUAAGUCUUAAACAGACUGCAGUGAGCUGCUUUUCUCUCUCGUCCACUACAGAUAUAUGAGCUGUAGCCCUAUAGGCUUUUCUUUCUUGCUCUAACACCACUGGAUCUGCUUCAGGACAGAGGCAAUUCGGUCCACGUGGGAACAGGGCUAGUCAGAACUGCCCUUUUUGGCAGAGGUUUCCUGAAAGGGUGGCAGAACAGAGCUACCUGAAACAAGGCAUUUUAGUUGUAGAAAAAGACAUUCACUUUGCAGCAAGCCCAGCUGGAAGAUUUUUGCUCACUUGGUAAAGAGAAUAGCCAAGAACCAGCCCUUGGCUGGGGGACCCUGCCCAGGAAGGUAUGGGAGCACCUGGCCACUAGAGGCUGCUGCAUUACGUGUCGGAAUAAAGGGACACAGCACCCGAGGAGCAAGGAGGCCAUGCAGGUUUUCGAGUGAGGUCUGGGAAGGAUGGGGUGAGUCCCAUGAAUAAAGGUCCUCAACUGUAGACUUCUGCCAUAAUCUACAAAGAACAGACUGCACAGUUGAGAAAAGCUGCUUUUCUAGGUGAAACCACUGCCAACCACACAACCCCCCUCCUCAAGCCAUAUUGGUGCUCUGUCCUUUCCCCCGAGCUGCCCUGUCAGCUCGAUGGAAGACAUUUAAGCCAGGUUCUCCACUGCUGAACACUGCUGUGGCUGGGCCAGUACCUGUGGCAGAGGGAGCUGUGGUGGCCAGCCCCAGGGUGAGUGGAGUGCCGAGCUGGCGAACCGACCAGUGCCUCAAUACUGUCAAUGUUCCACUACUCUUCUGUUGUGUCAGAUUCUCCAGUAAAGUUAAUGGUUACACUUGC